GUGCAUGUAGCCCAGCGCCUAUUGGAUCACAGAAUCGGCCAAUCGGAAGAAGAAACUCCAAUGGGCGGAACCGGAAACACGUUCAGACGAUUUCUGUCUUUCUGUCAAGUAAAACAGUUAGCCGUAACAGCUCUCCUAAAACAUUACAGCCGCUUCUAAACCCGUAUGAACAGCUAUAUUUGAUAAUUGCAAAGUACGGAUCGGUUUGUCGAGGCUACGCUUACUAUAUUAUAUCUCAUAUUUCAGAAGUAAGUCAUCAUGGGUGAGGUGGAGCUGUCUUGUCGGGCCUAUGUGAAGAUGUUCCUGCACGCCUCUCUGUUCCCUCGGUGCAGCAUCAACGGGCUGCUGCUGUCCUCCAGCUCUGCAGGCGGGGCUGUGUGUGUGACAGACUGUGUCCCGCUGCUUCACUCCCACCUGCCCCUGGCUCCCAUCACCCAGCUGGCCCUGACACAGGUUGAUGUGUGGUGUUCACAGACUAAGCAGAGGAUAGUGGGAUACUAUCAAGCCAACGCCUGUGUGACAGACAGCAGCCCGACACCAUGUGCAAUGAAGAUAGCGGAUAAGAUUUCUGAGCAGUUUGACCAUGCAGUUUUGUUAAUGGUAAGAGAUUUAAAG